CUUUCCAGAUGUCAUCAUUAGCUGCUUUCUUCUUCAUUUUCUUCUUCUCCGCCUCCAAAUAAGAUAGCUUCACGACUGAGUACCGUUCUAUAACGCCAAUCCAUGGAGACUGUGGGAGGAUUCGCAGUACACGAGAUUCUACUGAGGUUGAGUUCGAAAGACGCUGCAUCUUUAGCUUGUGUCAAUAGCAAAUUCCGCAUCUGGGCAUCGGACGAAACUCUCUGGUCCAACUUCUGUGCAGAUGAACUCGAUCUCACUUCUCCCGUAGACCCUUUUGGAAACCCUACCUCUACUUUCAAGGAAGCUUAUAAAAGAUGGAAGGAAUCCUUUUCAAUGUAUCCUUGGCCACUAGUUGGACGAAGUAAAAGAUGUUGGGAUAGAAUUAAGAGUUGGUUCUUAGCAAACUUUCCAGAGGCUUUUGCUACAUUGCGUGCUGGUGCAUCUGAAGAUGAACUAACUAAUCUAGAGAACCAACUGAAUGUAAAACUCCCCCUUCCUACGAGGAUUCUAUAUAGAUUUUGUGAUGGUCAAGAGUUCAAUGAAGACGAUGAAGGAAACACUCUUGAUAAUUGGAUGGGUCUCAUAGGAGGAUAUAUCUUUUAUCACCAGGUGGUGAAUGUUUUCUUAUUUCCUGUAAGGCAUGUUAUUGCAGGGACAAAAAAUAUGUUGAGGCAACUUGACUUUCCUAAUAGGUCUAAGUACAUCAUUGUGGCAGCCUCCUUAACUGACUGUGGGAAGUUUUUCUUUCUCAAUUGCGACAAUGGUCAACUUUUUGUGGGAACAGAGAAUUUGACUGGUUCUUGUAAAAUGAUGCCUUGUGUUCCAAAAUCUUUGAUAAGUUCGAUGCAUGACUGUGAUGCCAUGCUUCUGUGGCUGGAGGAACACUCUCGUCGUUUACAUAAUGGAACCAUUCGGGUAUGCAAGGAAGGAGAAGUCAAAUACCUUAAUCUGUUCCACGAGGAGCCUCCUCUUUGUACAACUGCAGUAACAAAUGGUGUUAAGGUUCGAGCUUCUGCCAUACUCGUACCAGAACUUAGUAAUCUUCUACGUGAACCAGCUAAUUAUAUGUUUGCUUACUCCAUUCGCAUAUCCCUUUUACCCGAGGGUUGCAUCAUCAAUGGGAUGCAUUUUGACUCAUGUCAACUUCUUAGUAGACAUUGGACCAUCAUUGCAGAUGAUGUUGUUGUAUCUAACGUUAAUGGCGAAGCAGUUAUAGGAAAGUAUCCACUCUUGUUCCCUGGUGAAAGAGAAUUUGUUUACGAGAGUUGCUCUCCAUUGUCAUCAACUUCAGGUUCCAUUGAGGGUUCUUUUACGUUUGUUCCUGGAAGUUUGGUAAAUCCGAAAGGAAGUCCCUUCAAGGUUAAAGUGGCACAGUUUCCCCUUAAGUUGCCAGAUUAUAUCUUCUGACAAUGUUUUCACAAGGGUUCUCUCAGGCACAAAAUCAGCUAUAUUUAUAUUCACCACAAUAAUGAUGUAAUGCGAGAAAGUGAGAGCUCGAGCUCGAGGCUGUAUAACUUUGUUCUUUGUGCUCAUGUUUCUUGUUGCUAGCCGAUGUCGGAAACAGUUUAUUGCAGAAUUCAAUAAUGAGGGAUCAAAUUACUUAAACUUGCAAGAGUUUUAAUCUAUUUUGUUUAAAACUCAGUUCUGGAAUGUUGAAGGAUGAUGUUUGUAUUAAUAGAGUUAUUCAAAAUGCUACUUCUCUAAUAAUAGCAUAUAGUAGGAAUGGGACAAGUAACAUUUAGA